GAGCGAGAGAGAGCCCGGCGGUUCCUGUUCUUCUGAGAAAGCCGGAGAGCAAGCUGAGAGGGAAAAAAAACACACCAGGAAAAGUGCUGGCGUUGGGUAGAUUGCUCUUGGUUGUCCGAGACCAUUGGAAACAAACAAAAACAAUAAGACAGACCGGAGAUGUCAGUGGUCGGCUUUGAUGUCGGUUUCCAGAACUGUUAUGUGGCUGUGGCAAGAGGCGGCGGCAUCGAGACGGCCGCUAACGAAUGCAGCGAAAGGAGCACCCCGUCUUUUGUGUCGUUGGGACCCAGAAAUCGUGCAGUUGGAGCUGCAGCCAAAAAUCAGGUGCUGUCAAAUGUCAAAAAUACUCUACAGGGAUUUAAAAGGCUCCAUGGACGGGCUUUUACAGACCCAUUUGUAAGAAGUGAGCAAUCCAAACUUGCAUACGACCUUGUUCAGAUGUCAAAUGGUGCAACAGGAGUUAAGGUUUCGUACAUGGAAGAAGAACGAAAUUUUAGCGUAGAACAAGUUACAGGAAUGUUGCUGACAAAACUGAAAGAGACGGCCGAAGCUGCGCUAAAGAAACCAGUCAUGGAUUGUGUGAUAUCAGUCCCAUGUUUCUACACAGAUGCUGAAAGGCGGUCAAUAAUGGAUGCUGCUCAGAUUGCAGGACUCAACUGUUUGCGGCUCAUUAACGAAACCACUUCAGUUGCACUCGCAUAUGGGAUAUAUAAACAAGAUCUACCAGCCCCCGAAGAGAAGCCAAGGAAUGUUGUUUUUGUUGAUUUGGGACAUUCGGCAUUUCAGGUUUCUGUUUGUGCAUUCAAUAAAGGUAAACUAAAGGUCCUUGCUACUGCUUAUGACCCCUACUUGGGUGGAAGAAACUUUGAUGAGAUUUUAGUAAAUCACUUCUGUGAAGAAUUCAGUAAAAAAUACAAACUAGAUGUUAAAUCAAAGAUUCGAGCUGUAAUCCGGCUUUCCCAGGAAUGCGAAAAGCUGAAGAAACUAAUGAGUGCCAAUGCAUCGGACUUACCAUUGAAUAUUGAGUGUUUCAUGAAUGACAUUGAUGUUUCUGGAGUAUUAAACAGGAGCCAGUUUGAAGAGAUGUGCGGUUCGCUUUGGUCCCGAGUGGAGUCUCCUCUUCGUAGUCUCAUGGAGCAGACAAAGCUGAAACGAGAGGAUAUUUAUGCUGUUGAGAUUGUGGGUGGAGCAACUCGUAUCCCUGCCAUCAAAGAGCGAAUCACUAAAUUCUUUGGGAAAGCCCUCAGUACAACCUUAAAUGCAGAUGAAGCUGUAGCUCGUGGUUGUGCUUUGCAGUGUGCUAUUCUUUCACCUGCUUUUAAAGUGAGGGAAUUUUCUAUCACUGAUUUGGUUCCAUUCCCAAUAUCCGUGAGAUGGAAUUCACCUGCUGAAGAAGGUCUUGGUGAUUGUGAAGUGUUUCCCAAGAACCAUGCAGCACCGUUCUCCAAAGUUCUCACAUUCUACAGGAAAGAAUCCUUUGACCUUGAAGCAGUUUACAAUUGUCCCAAGGACUUGCCUUAUCCAGAUCCCAAAAUUGGUCGCUUUACAAUUCAGAAAGUAGUCCCUCAAACUGAUGGGUCCAGUUCUAGAGUGAGGGUGAAGGUGCGAGUUAGCAUUCAUGGAAUCUUCAGUGUAUCCAGUGCCUCGUUGGUGGAAGUACAGAAGUGUGAAGAAACAGAUGACGUACCAAUGGAAACAGAUCAGCAAUCCCAAGCAAAUCUAAAAGAGGAAGAGAGCAAAAUGCAAGUUGAUCAGCAGGAAGAACCAUCACAUGGAGAUGGCAAUUAUCCCCAAGGAUCAGCAGAAAAUCAGAAAAAUGAACUAGAUGAAAUGGAGACUGGUGAACUAGGUUCAAAGGAGGAUAAGAAUAGAGAUCAGCCUCCACAAGCAAAGAAGGCAAAGGUCAAAACAAAGACAGUGGAUCUACCUAUAGAAAACCAUCUGCAAUGGCAAUUGGGUCAGCAACUACUGAAUGUAUUCAUUGAAACUGAGGGUAAAAUGAUCAUGCAGGAUAAACUUGAAAAGGAGAGAAAUGAUGCAAAGAAUGCUUUGGAAGAAUAUGUGUAUGAAAGUAGAGAAAAACUAUGUGGAAUCUAUGAAAAAUUUGUCAAUAAUGAUGAACGAAGCAAAUUAAGCCUUCUAUUAGAAGACACAGAAAACUGGUUGUAUGAAGAAGGGGAGGAUCAGGGAAAGCAAGUGUAUAUAGAUAAGUUAACUGAACUAAAGAAACUUGGUCAGCCAAUUCGGGAUCGCUAUCAGGAGUUUGAGGAUUGUCCUAGAGCCUUUGAUGAGAUGGGGAGGCAAGUGCAGCAGUACAUGAAGAUUAUAAGCUCUUUUAGAAACAAAGAAGAACAAUAUGAUCACUUGGAUCCAGCAGAGAUGGAGAAAGUGGACAAAUAUGUUCAAGAAGCAAUGGAAUGGAUGAACAGUAAGAUGAAUUUACAGAGUAAACAGUCUCUAACACAAGAUCCACUUGUGAAAUGUACAGAUGUUCGAGCCAAAGUUAAGGAAUUAGUCAACCUUUGUAACCCCAUUGUUAGCAAGCCAAAGCCUAAAGUAGAGCCUCCAAAAGAAGAAAAGGGGGCAGAACAGAAUGGACCAGUUAAUGGAGAACAAAAUACCAACUCGGAGGGCUCCACACCUGCUGCCACUGAGAGUGCCCAGAAGAACGCAGAGCAUCAACAAAAUCUACCAGAAAUGGACAUUGAGUAAAUGUGCAGUUGUCAGUCACACAAAAUUUGGUGAAGUUUCAAGUCAUGAAUCCCACGAGACGUCUUUUAUUAUUCCUUUUUUGGUUAAUGGUGAAUGGUUAACCUGAAGCUGAUAUUUUUCAGCCACCUGUCAAACUUCAGUAGUGUUUAUUUUUACCCUUCCCUAUCUUUGCAAUGGAACAGGAAAUGAUUAAUAUAACUGGGGCUUGACUAUUGAUUUUGUUAAGAAAACUAGUUCUGAUUUUGCUUGUGGCUUUCACAAACAGAAUGUUUGCUGUUUAGACCUCUCCUUGCCACCACUCCUCAUUGCAGAUGUUGCAGGAUUGUUAUGAAUUUUCCAGGCAAGCUUUUUGCUACUAAUUGGUAUGCUGGAUUGAAGUAUCAAACAGCAGUUCAGUAAAUCAUUCAUAUGCUGCUUCAGUGUAUUUUUUUUGUUGGCCUGUUUUGUUAGUUAUCGAUAACUAUUAGAAACAAAGCUAUGUUGCCUGCCUUUUUAAAAAUUUCCAGUCUUCACCUAUUCCACCCUGUAUGUUUUCU